GGACUCUGAUCUUGCAGGUUGUCUGCAGCCUUCAAGCAGCCUUUGCUGACUUGAAGACUGAUUUCCAGCAGUUAGACUGAGCAGUGAGCAGCGAAUUCUCAAAGUGGGGAUUACCUGUUCAAGGGAAUUACCUGUCCAGCCUCCUCACAAGUCUGAGGAGCAUCUGAAGGAGUUGAGAUAUUUUAGCCAGGCGAGCCAAGACAUUCUCCAGAAUGGCCUCUAGAUUCCAGGGCAGAGGGGCAGAACCUCGUACUCGAAUGCUGCUCAGAGAGAGAGAGAAGCCUCUGACUCUGACCCCCUCCACCUUCCAGGAGGAGAUGUCUCUCACCACCAAGCAGAGGCUGGCCAGAGCUAAGAUGCUGCCUCCGAUUGUCCAGCCUCUAGCCUGCCAUGACAAGGUCUCAGCAGCUGAGCCAAAGCAGAGCCCACUUCAGCCUUGCCCAGCAGAGGUGGUGUUUCAGAAGUACAGCCCUGGUGAGGUCUGUGAAGUGCCAGUGGUUCUGAGGAACAUGGACAAGGUUUCUCAUCUGGUGAAGGUCACCUUGGAGAGCUCCCCUUAUUUCCAGCUGGUGGGCCCCAAUGACGUGUACCGCAAGGUGCCCCCGGGCCUCUCCAAGGCUGUGCGCAUCCUCUUCACCCCUGGGCAGAACAAGGAUUACUUCCACCGGCUCGUCUGUGUCACUGAAAGGGAAGAGCUCAUUGUGCCCAUUCGGGCCAUUGGUGCCCGAGCCAUCCUGCAGUUCCCUGACCAGCUGGACUUCUCCCAGUGUGCAGUCAAGUACAUCACCCAGAAAACUGUGCUGCUCAGCAAUGCUGGCAACCGGGAAGCUCAUUUCCAGCUGAGCACCCAGAGCCCUUUCUCUGUCAUUCCGGCCACGGGAACUCUGGGCAUCGGUGACAGCAUGCAGGUGACAGUGGGAUUUCUGCCAAUGUGGACUGGUGACUAUUCCACGACCCUUGUCAUGCACUACGACACAGGUGAAGACACCCACACAAGCCUUCAUGGAAGAGCUGUGGAUGUGGACAUCGGGCUGGACAGGAAUACCGUGGUGGCUGAGAAGACGUACAUCACACUGUCCAACCGCACAACCGUGCUCAUCCACAACCAGAGUGAUAUCACAGCGUGCUUCCAGUGGAAGGCUGUCAGCACUCAGGAACAGGAGAAUCACCUGAAGCUGAGGCAGUAUCUCGGGCUGUGUCGGCAGGAAAAGGACAAGUUGUCUCAUUUUCUGAUGGAGUGUGGAAUGGACGCCACUGGCCAAGAACGCUUUGCUCUUGUCGCCCGCAGCCUCCAGAGUGAGAGGGCAAAGCUGGGAGAAGAUCCCAUGCUGCUCUCUGAUGGGGUUUUCUCCCUUUGGCCGAAGGAGGGCGAGAUCAGGCCCAAAUGUUGGGCUAGAAUCAGCGUGUUGUUCAAGCCCCAGGCAGCCCGGCUCUACCAGCAGACAGUUUACUGUGACAUCACAGGCCGUGAGAACAGGCUGCCCCUGCACCUCACAGGGGAAGGCCUCGGGCCCCGGCUGCGCUUCAGAUUUGAGGAACUGAACAUCGGGAACGUUUGUGUCAGAGCAACCCCCAAAUAUGAGGCAACCCUGCUCAACAAGGGGCCUAUUGAGGCUCCCUUCAGCCUUGUCCCUCCAGCCUCAGACAUGGGCUCCUGCUUCACCUUCCUGCCUCAGGAGGGCAUCCUGGCACCGAACAGGCUCCAGGCCAUUCGCAUCUCCUUCUGUCCCACCGUCCUGGGGGAGUUCCAGGAACAAUUCUGCUUCCAUGUGACUGGAUCCCCUAACCCUGUCACCUUGACUAUCAGGGGCUGUGUCGUGGGACCCACUUUGCUUUUCGAUGUGCCCGCCCUGCACUUCGGCGACGUCUCCUUUGGUUUUCCUCACACCUUGGAGUGUCGCCUGUGCAAUGCCUCCCUGGCACACAUGCCCGUCGAGCUCUACAUUAUUGGGGAUGGUUUGGGAGAGCGCAGCGUUGACAGCUUUGCUCAGAUGGGCAGGCACAGUAACCAUCUCUGGAGGAAGGGAGCUGGAGGUUCUGUGGGGCCAAGAGAAUUUGCCAUAAGUCCCUGCAGAACGACCGUCCGUGCCCUGGGAUCCCAGCUUAUCACGGUCACCCUGUGCUCCAACACGGCCAGAGAGUACAAGCUGGAGCUGGUGGUGGACGUGAUUGGUGUUGGCCUCAAGUGGUUGACACUGCCCCUCACAGCCAGAUGCAUGCUGCCUGCCCUGCGAGUGCUCGACCCUGUCGUGUGGUUCGACCACUGCUGCCUGAAGUUCCCCUACGAGGAGAAGGUGACGCUCGUGAACGACAGCGACUGUCGCGGCUGCUACCGUCUGCUCUCUCAGGAGCACAAGGAGAAGGCCACUGCAUGGUACUGCAGCUCUGCGCCGUCUGGGAUUAUCGAGGCUCGCGGCUCGGUGCAGAUCCCGAUCACGCUGGAGGCUCAGCAGCUGGGAAAGUGCAGCGCCACUGCUGAGGUGGCCGUGUUUGGGAGAGAAGGAUCCCCGCUGGAACUCCAUUUACGGUGCAUUGCCCAUGGACCAGUUGUCCACAUCCACCCGAGGGAGAUCAACUUUGGCACUAUCCCAGUCUUGAAAGACAAGUCCAGAAUUAUCCACCUGGAGAAUCACAGUGUCAUUCCUGCACCCUUCUGGGUAAAGAUGGCCAGGAAACGCUCAUGCUGGAGGAUUGAGCCCAGUGAAGGAGUGCUCCACCCUAAGUGUGAGGUGUUGGUGACUGUGACAGCAAGCCUGGAUGACAGUAAGGAAUUCAAGGACCAGGUGAAGGUGCUCAUUGAGAACAGCCAUACGACCAUCAUCCCUGUCCAGGCUGUGGGCAUUGGCACCACAAUUGUCACCGACAAAAAUCUGCGUUCGGAGCUCGACUUGAAGUCCCACUUCAGCUGCAGUCCCUGCUGUUACCAGUUCACGGUGACCAACAGAGGCCGCCGCGCCCAGCGGCUGUACUGGGGCACAGAAAGUGUCAGCACGGCUGGGCAGAGCACUCGGCGCCCCGGCCCCCGUGGCAAAAAGAGCAAAAAGGCUUCCCGGAGCCGCAGCCGGGGCAGCCCCGUGUUCAAGGUGCGGCCGCUGCAGGUGGACCUGGGGCCGGGCCAGAGUGCGGAGAUGGUGCUGGAGGGCUGCUCCAGCACUGCCCAGGAGGUGAAGGAGAGGCUGCUGUGUUAUGCUACAGUGGGGAAAGAGAUAGAAAAGAAACAGAUCCUGCAAGUGAAUGUCACCUGCAACUUCAUUUGCCCUGCUGUGCAAAUGUCUUCCACAGCAAUCACCUUCCGUGUAGAAAAGAAACCCAGUGAUGUCCUGAAGCUGCAGUACCAGCCUCUGUCUGUGAAAAACAUCUGCUCGCUGCCGUUCAGCAUUGUGCUGCACGUGGAGCACCCGUUCCGAAUCUGCAGCAAGGACCAGCGGCCCCUCCCUGCAGAUUCCAAGCCCAUGCCGCUGGAUGUAGGAGAGGAACUUAAUCUCUGCAUCCGGUUUAACCCGGCUUAUGAGAAGGAUUUGCACAGCCGGGUGGCAGAGAGGGUGCUCAGGAUGCGCUUCGUGGAGCAUCCUCACGAGGAGCAGGUGACUGUUCGGGGAGAAGUCUACUUCCCCAACCUUGAUCUGGAGUCCGAGUUCGUGGACUUUGGCUGCAUCAUCAACGACACAGAACAAGAACUGCGCAUGGAGAUGACCAACUGCGGCCCAAUUGCUGCCAAGUACCACUGGUCACUGCUGACAGACGGCCAGGUGAACACCAUAAGAUUCAAGCCUUCCCCACCUAAGUUCAAACGCCAGUCAUCCAAGAAGGAGGGAGGGUUUCUGAGGAGAUACACCAAGGCUGAAAAUGUGGAGGAGCCAAGCAAAACCCCAAAAACAAUACAGAACUCUGCCCAGCAGCCAGCAGAUGCAGAGGACUGCCUGGAAGCAGAGGCGCUGCCAUCCCCUGCUGUGGAGCCUCAGAGGCCGGUGAGGAAGAGAGCAUGGCGCCGGUUCUCAGGGGUGGAGCGCCCCAAGCCUGGCAUGCAGGAGGUUUUUGAUGUCCGGCCCCUGUGGGGUGAGCUGCAGCCGGGAGAGAGCCACACGGUCACCUUCACCUUCUUUGGCCACGCCAACAUCGCCGCCCGUGUCACGGCGCUGUGCCGCGUGCAGGGCGGCCCCACCUACCGGGUGGUGGUGGCUGGGGAGGCUUCACCCCUGGCUACCAACUGGAUGUGGAAGAGAUGGACUGAGGGCCUCAGUGCUGAUGACGACCUCUUGAAAUCAGAUGAGGAUUCAUCUGAAACCGAAUCAUCCAAAUCUCCAGAAGACAAAGCUUGACAAGUUCAGUCCUAAAAUUCUUUCAGGAGCUGGGAAGCUCUGCAUGAGGAAGUUUUUCUACGCUAAGCCAGUGGAUGCUUUGACAUGUGACAAUAUGGAAAUUCACUUACUCUGAAGGACCCAAUGAAUGAACUGAAGAACCUACUGUGUGAUAAGAACCUUGAGGAUUGGCAUUGGCAUACUUUGUUUACCAAUAAAGCAGGGAAAGGAAUGUCUUAUGUU